CUCUUGACACAUUUCCUCAUGUAAGUUGAGGUCGGUUAUGUGCUAACUUGCAUCUGUGGCUGAGCUCAUUCACACUGGAAUAUGCUUCUCGUAAUUUUUUCUAUGAUAUCAUUUUCCUGUAGCAAAUGCGGUGACUUAAGUUUUCUCUGAGGUCAGCAGUAUUUAAGUUUUAUAUCAGAACUUUUAAGGCAAAAGAUGGAGAGCCACUUCAACGUUAGUGCCUUCACCAGCCUGAGUAUCCCAUCAACUGUGGGAAAUGUUUGCGGAAUCGACUUCAGUCAAGACGGCAUCUUCCUUCCCGUUCUGUACGGAAUAUUCUUCACAAUUGGCACCCCUUUGAACCUGUUGGCUCUCUUUGGGCUCUACAAACUAAUCCAAUCGGAGAACGUUCUACCCGUGUACGUCAUUAACCUGCUGAUCGCAGAUCUAAUUCAACUCCUGACUUUGCCUUUAUGGAUAGAUUACUAUGCCAACGGACACUACUGGCGCUUCGGACCCUGGAGCUGUCAGUUUAUGGGUAUGUGUUUUUACAUUAGCAUUUACGCGGGCAUCUUCUUCAUGUGUAUCAUCGCUCUAGAGCGUCACCUGGCCAUCGCCAGACCUCUCAGCUUCAAGCAUCUGCGUAACUUGAGGUUUGCUCGAUGGAUAGCACUCGCCAUUUGGAUACUAAUUGCGGUGCCACCUGCCAUCGCGUUUGACAAGCUCUUUCCAAAGCAGAAAAAUUACACUCUUUGUAUUGAGAAAUAUCCCUCAGAGGGCAGUUUUAUCACCUACAGGCUGAUUACUCUGCUUGUGUCCUUCAUCAUACCCCUGAGCUUCAUUGUAGCUCUCCACAGAGAGACCGUCCGCUCGCUGAUGGCAAUCAACUCGUUUUCAUCCGAGGAGAAGAGGAGUAUCAGGGGUCUGCUCACCCUUCUGGUGGCCGUAUUUGUCACGGUGCUGGGGCCCUAUCAUUUCAUUGGCUGUGUGAAGUACAUUGGACUGCUGAUACACAGCAGUACGUGCGUUUGGGAGAAGGCUGUGUUUGUGCCCUAUCAGUUAGCACGAGGCUUUCUGAGCCUUAACAGCUUGCUGGAUCCUGUGUUUUACAUCUUUCUCCGCAGAGACUUCCGUGACGUCGCUGGGAACUACUUGCCCUGCCUGAAAAGAAUGAGGACCAGAUCAUAUCGGACAGAGAAAACGACAAUCUCCAGUCAAGGCUGUGAUUAAAGAUUUCCCCCGGUUAUGUAUUUGAAAUACAAUUUGGACAAAGAACUAUGAAACUAUGCCAAACUCAUAAGGCCAUAUAAUUAGAUCUAUGGUAGCGCCAUCAUUUAAGAUGUUUCGUAUAGAUGUAAUCAUUGCCUGUGUUUACACUGGCACAAAAUCAGAUUUUUUUUCUCACAUCUGACACAGAUCAGAAUUUGUUGCAAAUAUAUACUGUACACACAAAAAUCCACAUGAGAUCCGAUAUCUGGGCAUCUAAUCUACGUCUAAACACUUAUUAGUUCACCCAAAAAUGAAUAUUCUGUCAUUAAUUACUAACCAUCAUAUCUUCUCUUCUGUCUCAUUCUCAUACGUUGUUUACGUCCAGUGCUUCCAGGUUCUACAUCAGAACGGUGACUCUUUAUUGGCCGCCUCCUGCGUCAGCACCACACGCAUGCGUCGUGCUGCUCACAUGUGCAGGUUUGGCCAAUACUGAGCCGGCAUUCGGACGUAAACAUGGAAGUCUUCACUGUGCCUACUGCGUCACCUGUAUUUGCGCACACAAGUAAUUCACACUCACUAUCUCUCUCGAUAAUUCCUUCGAAUUCAUUCAAAAUCUACUAAAAUAACAUUACGAACAUUACCGUUAUUUUCUGGUCUAUAUGUUCAGUGAGAUUUUGAUCUGUAAACAUCCAUGACGGCUUUUAACUUAUCCAUGCUGGCAAAUAAUCAUGGCCACCCAAUGUGAAUUAUAAAAUAAUUUUAGUACGGCCAUUCAAAACUCAAGCAUUAACAUGCCACAUAGUAAAGCUAUCACAAAUAGAAACAUUUUGGGCAGGGAUUAAUGUAAACACAGAUAUCAGAUACCAGUCAUGUCUAAAGUGAAUGUAAACAGGUGGGACGAUAGAUCAUAUCUGUUAGGGCUGGGACAAUACAUUGCUUCUCGAUUCACAAUACAAAGAAUCUGGAGCGAUUCUGAUAUUUUCCAAUGUAUUGCGAUCCUCUCUCGAAUCGUUUCUGAGCUUAGAUUUUAACAGGAGAUGGCACUACGUGCUUUAGAAACACCCGUACCCCUGCUUGCUUCCAGUUCCUUUACACACACCACUUAAACCUAAAAUAAUCAUUCAUAAAGUUCGAAAAAGUUGAAGCGAAUUACAAGGGUGUUCGCAGUGGGCUGUGUUUACAUUAAUCUCGUGUCAUAAAACCAUUCUGAGCCGAGGUGCAAGUAUAUUUAACCACUUACACGAACGCACGAUCACUGUCCAGCACUCUUCUUCAUGAGCAUUUGAGUGUGGGGUUAAAAACUAGCUUAGAGCGCCAUCUGCUGUUAAAGCUAAGCUCAGAAUCGAUUAGAGAGAGAAAAUAUCAGGACUGAUCCAGAUUCAUUGUAUUGCGAAUCGAGAAUCGAUGUAUUGUCCCAGCCCUAAUAUCUGUGCAUUAAGACUUGCAGUGUAAAUGCAGCUACAGUGGUCAAUUUUUAGACCCCCCCCAAUUUUUAUCAUUUACAGCUCACAUGAUUGGCUCAAAAAAUCUGGUCAACCUCUGAACAACGCCAUUGAGAUAGAUGGAAAUGCUAAUGGAUAGUUUUCUCCAAGUAUUAAAGACCACUUGUAGAUUAUGACUAAAAAAAAAAAAGUUCAAUCAUCAGCAUACCCACAUAAGCAGCUGAGUCAUUCACAGGAAGCUGAGGUUUGACCAGAGAAAAAAGUCCCCACAUGAUUUCAUGAUCAGCAAAGCUAUUUCCAUGUUGAAUGCCAACAUGUCAGUUUCAAGCAAUGUCUUUUUGGGAACAAAAAGUUGGCAGAAUUUAGAUCUCCACGUGCAGUAUGUCUCACUGGGAGAUUUUUGUGCCAGAAUUAAUUAUUACACCCAUUGCCAUCAACUGCAAAAGCAAGACAGAGACGUGACUUGCCAAGGGUCGCAGCUUGCUUUGAGACCAUUAGAAAAGAAAAUCUUUCUUUUCUUUUAGUGCAAAGAACUGUACCUGAGGAUAAAGCCCACUAUGAAGGACUGUUUUUGGUCACAAAUUCCUACAAAUGCAAUAACUCCAGAGGAAGCCAUUGACCACACUCAGAAAUGUCACAGUUCAGCACUUUUCUCUGUGAACUUUAGAAACUUUGUUGUAUUUGUGAUAUUGCUUUGUGUCAUUUCUGUGUCUGAGUUGCAAAGUUUAUUUUAUAUGUCUGUUUUAUAUUUUAUAUUCUGUCUAAUCAUUCCCAUGUUUGCACUGUUCUAUUUUAUCAAGGUUUUAGCAGCAGACACAGCUUGUAUAGUGGAUAUAUUUUUUUUUAUCUUAUUUUGCAUUACCCGUACUGUAUGUGAUAUAUUUAGUGUGAAUGCUUCCAGAUAAUAUUUUUGCACUUCCAACAAGAACCACACUUAGCUUUACAGAAACAUUAUGACCAUCUGGUUCAUUUCAUCUUUAUUCCUGCCAUGAAUGCUUUUAUCCAAGUUCUUCAGCAAUACAGGAACUUUUCACAGACAUACUGUUAUAUCAUUGGUUGAUACCCUCACAGUCUCCUCAAAAAUCUGAACAACUUUGAAAAAGCAUUGCAUUUCAAAGCAACAAUAUGUGUUCACGCCAGCCGUAUUGUUAAUGUGCUGCUUCUUUUGACUACAUCUUCAAAAGUUGUCAAAGAUUUCCUUUGACAGAAGUCUGUAUUUGAUCAUAUUUUAUGGAAGAGUGUAGGCCGACCAACUAUAACAUAUGACUACCCACAUGUUAUUCUCUCCUGAAAAGGAAAAAAUAAUAAUCUGUAGCAGUAUUCCACAGAUCAAAUCUUGUAGCUUUCUUUGUGUUUUAUAUGAUCAGAGAAUUAAAAGAAUAAAUUGAAUAAAUGCAUUAAUGUAUUAUUUGAGCCGUUUCAAAAUCAUGAUAUGUCAGAGUUUUACCAUAAAUUUAUACAUCUUUCUGACUCUUUAUACUUACUUUUCUAGUUCACUGUGGUACACUGUAGAAGAAAUAAAUUGCAUAUUGUUAUGAAAGAAAAAAAAAUCUUCCUGUUUAUGGUUAAGCAUAUAAUCAAACAUAUUUUCUUGUGUUCAUUGAUUAAUGUGUCUUUUAAUUAUUUUUGUUUUUCCAAAUCUACAUCUAUAACAUCUAUAUUUUAGUUGACCUUUGUUCUGAAGAAAUGAUCAUUUUUUCCCAAUAACUGCUGGAAGAAUUUGUUUUUCUGUUGGUGUUAAUCACAUGCUUUUGACAUGAUAUAUUUGAGUGCUACGUCUACAGUGUUUAAAAUAUCUCUUCCGCUGUUAUUUGCAUGAAUUACGUUGUUUCUUUGAAUCGAAGUAAAAAAUGUUCUGUCACAACUAGUGAUAUGAUAAAA